ACCCGCCCCCAAGCCAAGUUCUGAGGGAGGGCCGGUUAUCGGCUUUGUGUCACAGAAAGCUGCUGCUUGACCAGACGUGGUUUUGCUCUCCAAGUGGUAAUGGACUAGCUCAGGUUUUCCUUGCUGCCUACAAUUGUCCAGGACUGACAUUUUCUUGAGGCAUUGACACCCUAAAACAUGGAGCACUUCCGCAAGACAGUGGUUCCUCACUUUCUCACUAAACUCUGGGUGUUAGUAGACGACGCUCUCUUGGACCAUGUGAUUCGCUGGAGCAAGGAUGGUCACAGCUUUCAGAUUGUGAAUGAAGAGACCUUUGCCAAAGAAGUACUACCAAAAUACUUCAAACAUAACAAAAUAGCAAGCUUUGUUCGACAGCUCAACAUGUAUGGUUUCCGAAAAGUUAUUGCACUGCAGAGUGAAAAGACUAGCCUGGAGAAUAAAAUAACUAUUGAAUUUCAGCAUCCACUUUUCAAAAAGGGAGAAGCCUUCCUUCUUGCAAACAUUAAGCGAAAGGUGCCAACGAUAAAAACUGAAGAUGCCAACCUCUGCUCUGAUGAGUAUCAGAAAAUUAUGGCUGAAAUACAAGAGUUCAAAGACAUGCAGAAGAACAUGGAUACCAGAUAUGCACAAAUGAAACAAGACUAUUCCAAUCUAUGUCUUGAAGUUACAAACCUAAGAAAGAAGUACUGUGAGCAACAACAACUGUUGACACAGGUACUCCAUUUUAUCUUGAAUUUGAUGAGUGAAAACCAUACAGUACUAAAAAAGAGGAAAAGGUCAUUAUCAUUCAUAUCUGAAGCCUCAGAUUCUGAAUUGGAUCAUCAGUAUCUCCAUAUUCCAGACGACAAGAAAAAGGAAGCUAUGGAGAUAUUAAAAGAUGGUUAUGAACUUAUUGAAGACAAAUAUAAAAGUCUCCUUGAUAGAGUCUUACCAAUUUUAAAAGAACCCAAAAGUUUAAUUUCAUCUGCAGACCAGCCAAGUGGGGAUGAUGGAGAACACGCUGAAGUGUCCGUUCAGGAUAAACCUACAGAUGAAGAGUCGCUGACCAUUCAGUUGGAUUUGACCAUACCAGUUUUACCAGAACAAAUAACUCAAGAAUCCGUUGAACAAGAACCUAAGGAUAUUUCUUUGGAAUUAGAUCUUUCUUCCCAGGAUUCACCUUUGAUGAAAGAUGACUCAGACAAUCUGUAUAACAAUAUAAUUAACAGGGAUAAAAUGAAUGUGAAUCAUACUGAAGGAAAUUUGUUAGAGCUAAAUUCGAUACUAUCUUGGAAGGGAGUGGAUUAUGAUUCUGAUCAUUUCAGUGAGAGUCUAAAUCUGAUGCAAAAUGAAGAAGAGAAAAGUCCGCUUGAUCCCAAUGGGGGAAAAGACAAACAUAUGGUACAAUGCAUGGAAAAACCAGAGCUUUUCCUUUUGGAUGGGACACCAAUAUGUGACUUUGGAGAAAAUCUUCAAGAUUAUGACAUACUUUUGGAUGAUCUGAAGGACCCCCCAAAUGUCAUAUCAGCUUUGUGCGACCAUGAUUAUGUAACCUCCAAUAUUUCCACUCUGCAAGAAGAUAAUAUUGAAAAUGAUGCUCCCCCAUUUUGUAUGGAAGCCAAUGGGGAAUCCAGUGUGUUCCCUUUUCUCUUUCUUAACCCUGUUAGUAAUAUUUUUUGAAAAGCAUAUCGAAACCAAUCUUCUGUUACAAUUUAUUUUAAGUCUCAGUGAAUCGCAUUUCCUCUGGGGAAACAGAUAUUCCAUGGCUGCUUGCUAGUGUAUGCAUCUUCAUUUGGAAAUAUCUGUAACUUAAAGACUGUGUUCAAAUUACAUCCUCCCAGUAUCUAGGCAAGUUUUGGCAACUAGGAUGAAAUUCAGACCACAAAAAAACAUAAGUAAUAUAUCCAAAUUUUAAUAUAAUAAGAAGUUAAUUUUUUAUUUUUAAACUAAUAAUAUUCUAAUACCUUAUUUGUUACUAGAACAGAUAUUAACGUUAUUGCAUUUUUCUAAGUAGUUAGAAAUUUUCUGUAGCUAGAAUUUGUUUAUAGUAAAGAAACAAUUGUUAUAGGAUUUAAAUGCAAGGUUUAGAGUUAAUGAAAAAGGUGUUAAUUCUAGAUUUUAUGGAUAUAUUUAUUCUAUAGCUUUCCAUUUUAUAUCAGUAUUACAUGAUUUUUAAUGCCUAAAGAAAGUUAAAAUCUCAGCAGAAUAUUGGUACUUUUUGUAUAAUUGCCACCUUAUAUACAAUCAAAGUCAGCAUAUUGACUGCCAUAUAAAACCUUCGAUGAGAACUCCCAAGAAUCAAGCUCUAGCAAACUUUUUCUUUUAAAGCAUGCAGAAAACCAAGAGCAAAUGAUUUAUUUGAAAUUAAGGUUUAAAAUUCACAGUCAACCAUUUCUCAACUAUAACCUCUAGUCGUAUCAGUAUUCUUUGACAGAUACAUAAUUGUCGACAGAAUAUUAUCUUUUAAAAAUACUGUGGUUUUACCUAAACCUUGAGUGGUUUUCAUACAAACUAUUCCAACACUAACAUUCAUACAUGGCUAAACCUUGAGUACCAUAGCACUUAGAAUCUAAGGUUCUCUGUCUAGUUGAAGAAGCACUUUAGAGUAUGUUUAAGGUUUUAGGUUGGUAAGCUGAAUACUAAAGUAUCAGGCUUCGAAAGGGCACAGUCUGUAACACUUUAUUACUGCUUUAUCCUACCUGUUAAAUGGUCUACAAAUUCAGUUGGUUUUUGCCCCUUUUAUCUUUCAAAGUUUAACCUGUUCUUCAGUAGUCUCACUAAUGAAGUCAGCUUUAACAGGAAGCAGAAAUUGGUCAUUUUUUAGUGUCUAUAUUUUUAAAUGUAUAUUUGUUUAAAUAAAAUGGUUUGUGUAAUUUUGAGAACUCUUAAGGAAAGUCCAGAUCUCAUUUAGUGAUGGCUGAGCUUUUGAUGUGCAGGAGUGAACUAGAGUAUUUCAAAAAUUAAAAAACAUCUUGUCACUAUAAUGUUAUAUAAGUUAAUAAAGAGUUGAGCAUA